ACACUGAGUGCCAUUCUUCUGUCAGGAACAAGGGUGGGUGUCUCUGGAGUCGUACUGGAGCUAUUUACCCCUAGUGACAGACUUAUCUCUGUCCUGAGAUGACCAUGGGACCCUGCAGCCACUCUUUGUUAGGCUGGUCAUUGAUUGGAUCAUUAGAAUACUAAGACUUGGCCUAGGAUCAAUGCUUCUGACUCAGUCUGUUCUGACUUUUGACAGGACAAGACUUUUUUUUUUUUUUUUCGCAUUGCAGCAUGCUGAUGUGGUAACCACAGUUUCCUCUGUCUUAACGGAAGAGAGUAGCAGGUGCAUGCAAAAACGCGCCAGCAACAAGAUGAGCCUCUAUGUGCCAACCAAAACUGAAAUGGGAGCUGUUCGCUGAAGUUGUGCUGGGUAACUGAAGACUCCUGGGGACAGAACAACAAAAAAAUCAAGAAGAGGGGUCCAGAGGAGACACCGGCUAACCACGAGUAGCAUCACUGAAAUAUCAAACUUUUUAAAGCAGGAUUUGUGUCAUUACAAGAAUCUAAACAUGCAGGGAUUGUAGUUGUUCCACUGGUUUUUGCACACUUAAAACUGCAGCAUUCAGACAAAUUGCUUCCACAGUGCAGUCUAAAGGACAGUUGCUUGGAAUCUCUUAAAUAUCAAGUUCACUCUCCCACUCUCUUUUUGGGAUUUGGCACUUGACAGGUGGUCAUUAACUUUGUUUACUCUCAGACAAUGGACUUGUCCUUGCUCCCUACUCCAGUGAGUGAGCAAAACAGGCAGAGGGCAGGAGCACUCUUCACUGUCCGAUCGGCCAAUUCUCCCUCUUACAGUCUCACUCGCAGGCCAGGUGUUAGAAAACCCAAGGCUUCUUCAGAGGAGGAGAGGGAGAGCGUGGCGGAAGCAAGAGAAAGAGAGACAUACGGGAAACACACUGGCACAAAUGCUGCAAACAAGGAGGACAACACAGUCACUGGACAUCAAGCCAGGACAGGCAGCAGUGACAAAGGUCAGUGUGAGGAGAAGGAAACAUCAGGCCACAAAAUGUCUACCAUGCUGAACCAGAAUGGCACAGCAGACAAAACAAUCACAGACUUUGGCAUUGACAGAAGUUGUAACCCUGCAUCUGAAAGCCGGGGCAGGACAGAGUGGAGAGGGUACGACCUGACAAGUAGAAGUAAGAGUUUAGAUUGCAGAGCAGGGGCAAGAAGCCCUGAUCGGGGCACCAGACCACCUGACAUGUCAUGUAAACAAGGAGGGGACAUCAAUAAACAGGGAAGGAUAGGAGUUGAGGGUAUGAGGGGCAGGUUGGUGUCUUCAAUGAAGGCCUAUAACUCCUCAGGUACAAGUAAUGUUCAAGAGAGGAUCCCAAUGAAUUACAUGAACCAAACUUUGGACAGGGUCAGUAGGGAUCAUUCCCUCCCCUCCAGACUUAAGUCACAGUCUGGACCUGGCUCUGGUUUCAGAGAAACAGCCUCAUUUGGGCCCAAAGGAGGCCAGAGUAUAUCGGAGCGGAUACAGAAACUCUAUGGGUCUGCUGGUUUUGGUAAAACAGAGGAUUGCAGCAAAAUUAGGGACUCCUCUAUCCCUGUGAGAGACUGUUGUGAUAGAGAGGAACAAGCUACAGUGUCCCACUGCAAAGGAUCAACCCCGGAUUCCCAAAUUUCACCACAGCAGAGGUCAUACGAGAAGGCAACAGGAGGGACCUUCCCCAGGCGUUUCUCCUCAUUUGAGAAAAGGAGCCUAAGUCCAGUGCAAAGCAGGAAAUCAUUCACCUGGACAACUCAAAAAGACACCUCAGGUUCUGACAGUUUGCUUUCUCCAAGGACAAGUGGGAGCAGGGAAACAACACGAGGAGGACAGUGGCAAGACCAGAUCCACAGCAGGUAUUCAGAGGAAGGUGGAGUUAGCUGGGGUAGAGGGUUAGUAGAGAUGGGAACAAGGUCUCUGGAUAGAGCCAGGAGCAGGCACACUAUAGCAGCUCAGAUUAGAUCAGCUAGGGCUGCAGGAGGAAUUACUGCUCCUCCACAGUCAAACACUUUCUCAGAAGAAACAUCUUUCGGAGGUCCAUCUGGAACCAGAAAGAGAAGAGCGAGUGAAAGUAAGGAUCAGGGAAGGGCAAACCAUGGAGAGGAAAAGGGUGAGACACUGAGAGAAAGACCUGGGACAGAGGGUGGAGUUGAAUUGAAGAGCAGUAAUGCUGAUGAAGAUGUAUUUGAGUCAAACUCACAGAGUAUCAGAAUCAAAACAGUGGAGAGGAAGACGUUUCCAGAGAAGCCAGCAGCCAGUGUGAGAAAUAAGAUCAAUCAGUUUGAGGCUCUGACACAGAGAUCCCAGGGUAUAGCAACAGGCCAGGUCCUGAUGUCCAGACGGACUUUUUCUGUGCCAACGCAAUUCAGCAGGGCCCAAGAUGGAGUGAAGAAGAGUGGGUCAGCAAAAGCAAUAGGUGAACUGAGGGACAAGUGGGAGGGAUUGAGAGAGGGAGGUGAGAAAGCUGAGGAGAAAGUGACAGGAGUAGGAAAGAAGCUUGGGUCAGAAAGGUCUUUAUCACUGGAUGAAGUUGGACUAAGAUUAGGGAAUAAAGAGAUCGGAGGGAAUAAUUUGGCAGAGAAGGAAGGAAAAAGUACAAAUAGUAGUAACAACUGCAUUGAUGAUUUUGGUAAAUAUUUAAGACUCAAGCAUACACUAGAAAUUCCCUUAAAUGGAGGAGCUCAACAACAUCGCAGAAACUUUUACAUAGAUGAAACCGAUUUCUCCAAACUCUCAAGCCCUGAGGAAGCAGGUGAUAAAGGCGUGACGGCCAACAAUGCAGCAUCCCUGCAACUGCCUAACUCCAGAGACACUUCCACUGGUUCUCUUCAGUCUAUUGAGCUGUCCGGUGUGCAGAAAACAACACCCACUGGGAUUACUUCACCUGUUGGCGAUGAUGACAAGACUCCAACAAACACCCCAAACCAGUCGCCCUUUCUUUCACCGCAAAAUGACACUCCCACUGCAGAGAGUGAAAAUAAAAGCAUUUCUGGCUCCGCACAAGCAGCCAAAACUCCUGAACCAGACUCCCCACCUCUCCUUCGUCCCCUCGCCACUUCCUCCUACAGCAACCUCCCCAAUCUCAUCUCUCCAGAUGCCAGCGCAGCCUCUCCAAAAGGGAAGAAACAGGUAUUGGACAUGGAUGCUUGGCUAGCUGGCUUAAACUCAAAGAUUAAGGUCUGGAAUGAUGACGAGGAUGAUUAUGAGGAUGAUGAUGAAAGUACACAGAAGGAUGAAGAUUCAAACUAUGAUUCAGACUCCGGGGAGUCCUCGGUGACCAUCACUAGUAACAUGAGCCAGUCAGAUCGCAGGAGCUUCUGUGUCAGUCUUUCAGACCUGUGUAACUUUGCUGGAGUUGACUAUGAGUCAGAGAAUGACAGCGAUGAGUGGCAGUCAACAGGCCGGCGGUCUGCCUCGCUGAGCUCAGAUGUGUCAGCGCUGUCAUGUGUGUCUGUAAUGCCUAGUGAGGAGCUCGACAGGCUGCUGGAGGAUGUCAGGGGUCUGGGAGACAACACCCUGCAGGACUAUGAUGAUGUGCAGGUGGUCGUCCUCCAUAAGGAGGUAGGAGUGGGACUGGGCUUCAGUGUGGCAGGAGGCGUGGACCAGAGCAAGCCAGUCACUGUCCACAAGGUGUUUCACUCAGGUGUGGCAGCACAGGAAGGCUCCAUAAGGGAAGGGGACCAGGUCUUGUCGAUCAACGGCACAGCACUGUGUGGCUACGCUCACUGGGAGGCCCUGAGGGUCCUGAGACGAGCAAAGACUCGCGAGAUGGGGGUGGUGGUCCUGAGGAAGGGAGGUGUUAGCAACAUCUCGAAGGGGGGAGCACAGAUAAAUAAUCAGGGACUAACACAGACUCAGAUCACUGAGACAGGUCAGCGUGUGUGUGUGCGUCUGGUGAAGAACACCAGGGAUCUUGGCUUCAGCCUGGAGGGAGGUGUAGGUUCAAGUCAGGGGAACAAACCACUCUCCGUACAGAAGAUCUUCCAGGGAGGUCCAUUUGACAAGGUUUAUCCUGGCGAUGAGGUGGUGGAGAUUGAAGGUAUAAGCGUGGUGGGGAUGAGACGCCUGGAGGCCUGGACUCUAAUCAGACGACUGCCCCCUGGGCCUGUGGACGUGGUACUAUGCCGGCCUAUUACACAUCUGGAAAAAUGAAGAUUAUUAAAGUGCUUUGCACACAGUGAAGUUCAGGGAAUGAUAAAAUGACAGAUAAAAAACUAAAAGCCAUCCAUGAGAGACAACAUAACCUGCAAUUAAUGCACUAUUUGAGCCUAAUGCCAUUUAAACAAUUCAUUUAUAGUUAUAGCCAUUAUAACAUAGCUCUAAAGGGAAAAAACAUAAUCCUGAAGACCAGGUGAAAGAUGUGUAUUGUUUGUGAAUUACAGAUAUUUGGCUCUCUUUUUAUAUCUUAAGGACUGCAUCUACCUCAAGAGCUGAGAUAUUUCUGCACCAGCCAAUAUAAAAAUGCACUGAUGGGUCAUACGUCUGUGAAGUCUUGCAACUGUAACUGUAAAGCAAUUGUAACAGAUAGUUUGGUCACUUAUAAGCAUGUAAUGUGGCACCUGUAUAUGACACAUGAAGAACAUUGUUACACAUGUUGUAAUAUAUUGUGAAUAGUCACUAACUGCAUUAAGAGUUUAUAUUGCUUUUUAAUAAAUCCUAACUUAAAUUGAUGCUUUUUAUUCUUGUGUCCUGCAGAGGGGGAAAGAGUGAUGUGAUAUUAUCUUUUCAGCACACAGAGAAACGGUGGGGAGAAAACAGUGAAGCAGGGGAAACAAAUCUUUCCUUUUAUGUUACCCGUCUUAUCACAUCUACUCAAGAGGAGAUGUGAUAAGAUAAGAUGUCACUGUGCAGCUUUUACAAUCUCCACACACCAUGUCAAAGUUUAUGUUUUAGAGAGACCACCUCUUUUUUACUCUUUUUUACUCAAAUCUUCAAACUCAUUGCAGAUAAAAUAGCAAUAAAAAAUGAUAAAAAUCAAAGUAUAUUCACCAUAGGGGAUGCAAAACUGACUUUGCAUGUCAAAUAGUCUUGGUGUGUUUUGUAUCUUAUCAGAUAUCAACUCAUUUUCCUGCCUCAGUCAUGUGCCUCCCGGAAAUUUAUCAGCAAUAACGUGAUUCUUUACUCCUACACAGCAAUUAUUUGGGGUUACAUAAUCAUUAGGAGUCCAGAGUCCAGACAGAGGAGAGAUGAGGGGGGAGGCAUUCCAUGAAUGAUAUAAUUAUUCACCGUAUGUUGGGGCCUUUUCGACUUGAAAUCCAUUGACAUUAUUUACCAGUUAUGCCAUUUAGAUUUUAAAUUAUCAGACACAGAACCAGCUCCAUUAGCUUUUUAAGCAUAAGUCUGAUUUGUUUACUGGAACACAUAUAUUUAGAUUAUUGAGGAAUGGUGAUGAAUGAAUGAUAUUGAUCAAAUUUAAGAAUUUCUUCCUCAUACACAGACCACUGUGGGGAAUUUUAGAGUAUUUUCCAUGGCUAAAACUUAAUGUCAGUCAGGCUAAAAUUAGCCUCCUUUAGAUUUCCAUUUUUGCCAUUUUGGCAGUUUAUACACAAACUUUUAUUGAUGAAUAUUGGUCCUUAAAUAAAUAAUAUAAACUACUGACAAACAAUUAUAUGAAAACUUGUUCCCUACAAACGCACUAGUGACUUGAAAUUUAUGACUUUCAAAGUUUUAGAGUCAACAGUUGUU